AUGCUCUCGCUAUCGACACUUCCAGUGGAAAUUCUACUAGCUAUAAUUGACCAAAUCGCUCCUUCUGAUGAAGGAGUACCAGUUAUAGGAGUUAAUGCGGCAUGGACCGGCAUAUACCCUUUAGAACGAACUCGCAAUUUUCAUCAUUUAGCCACAGUCGCCUCUUCAUUGUUAGACGAAGAUAAUUUUCCACAAAGAGGAACCAAUAACAUGGCAAAUGUGGUGCCCUAUAGAGAAAGACAAGCUCCUCUACGCGAUCUCCGUCGAGUCAAUCAUCAAUUUAACGACCUCUGUGUGCCGGUCUUAUAUCACGACCUAAACUUUGUGCACAAUAACGUCAAACCCGAGGAACUCUACGCAGUCCUGCCUUACGCAUCCCAUGCUCGGACCGUGCGUAUAGCAGCGGACCCAGCAUAUGUCGUAGCAAAUGCCGAAAUUGCUGAAGAAUAUGUCAAAGCCCUAGGCGCUCUUCUCAAGGAGUGUUCAGGAGUCACCUCAGUGAGCGUGUAUUACCGCUCGUAUAGGUCCCCCAUGAAGAAAAUACUGGAGAAAAUUGCUGGUUAUAUUUUCUAUGCAAAUGUCAAGGCCAUCGGGAUUUAUUCUAUCUCCAUUCUUCGCGCUAGACGGGGUAACGCAGAUUGGAAUCAACGAUUCUCUCAUGACGGCCUUCACUUCUUGAGGUUGAUUCUAGACACCCCACGCAUCAUGGAAAACCUGAAAUGCCUUGAGAUCGUUAUGGAGACGAUGUACUUGGAGCGCUACACAACACUCCGGUCGAAAAUGCCCGGCCUUUCUACAUUAUCCAUCAGGCGGGCCUUUAGAAUUGACCAUCAACUUAUUUGGGAUACACCCUGGCCUCAUAGCUCUACUCUGCGUCGUCUCAAUCUAAUCGAUUGUGCGAAUGCUUAUGCUGCUCACAUCCCAAAGCUAGUCCGGCAUUUCUCGGCAUUACAAUACCUCAUGAUCUCCACAUGUGGUAACGAAUAUGAUCCAAUCCCAUCGCGUAGGCAUACGGGAUGGAGCCAAGACAUGAACGCUUUGCACCGAACACGCGCCCCUCUCGAGGAAUUUCAUGUCGAACACAUGAACUGCUGGGAGAUUUUAGCUCUUGGUAUUAUACCCACCAAAAAUUUGAUCAUGUCAAAUAUAUUGGAAGGAGAACUGGAAAAAGCUUUGCGGGAGGACCACGAACUCUUUCCAAUGGUCCAGACCUUGCACGUCGAUACUCUCGAAAGUGGUUCAGAUGAAGCUACAUCUAAAAAGUUGGCUUUGGAGCUUGAAGAGCUAUGUAGGCAGCGUAAAUGGACUCUCCACCAAGACGCCAAGGUGUACUUUUUGUUGUGCGUAUCGGUCAGUAGGAGGCGCCAGGGCGGUGACCCUGUUGAACCUGACGGCCUCUUGGAUUUUGACAGCGCAGUAUCUUCUAUGCCCAUAUAUGAUGAAGGAACACCGCUUGGACCUGGCACGAACAUCUUGCAGAUCAAGACGUCAUCUAGUGCAAAGGUAAAGAGGCUCUCAUCGAGACAGCCUCCUAGUCCGGUAUCGGGAGCACGGCCAACAAGUCAUGCAGCUUUUAUCAUUGUGUCGGCUCUACCGGAAGGGUGCAAGUCGUUUUCUGCACCCUACCCGAGCUUACAAAAAAGUCCAGAAAAACAGAGAAAAAGUCAAAUGACGCAACUCAUUCGAUACAACGUAAACUGGCCAAAAACUUUGCCUAUAAUUUUCACUGUCAUAAACCAAUGUCUCCAAAUUGCCUCGGCCACCAGUCAUGACAUACUGCCCGCGGUCAGCGCGACGGCUAAGCAGCCUGCAGCUAUGGCCACAUAUAAUGCUCCGAUUUAUGGGUGA